AUGGCCCCGGCGCUGACGGUGACACCGCAGUUGAACCACUUCGCGGUCUCCCAGACCGAGCCCCAGCGGAGACGGGCUCUCGCGCCUGUCGACAACCUUGCUGUAUCCAUGGAGGACGACAUGGGACUUCAGAACCAACCCAGUCUGGCCAAAGACUCACAGGAAAUGGAACAGAUCCUAAAUGAUCUCGGUAACAGUGACCUCGUUCAAGCGGAUCUUCUCCAAGCUAUUAAAACUCUAGAGAGCGGAGAUACAUUGUCUACCGGUGAUCCAGAUGUGAUAUUCCCACUCGGUGGGUUUGAUCUCGCUGAUACUGCUGACUCUGAGGGAGAUGCGGCAGAGGAUAAGAUUAGACUCCUUCAAGCACGUUUAGAAAGACGAUGUGCGUUUUUACUAAGAAGGUUAAGGAUAUUACAAGCUCGAGCUAUUGGUAAACGAAUAUCUGAAGAAGCGGCUCAGUCAUUUGAGAAAUGUGCACGAGGCAUGCGUAAAGAUGGAGGUGGGAGGCCAAUAGGUUUGAAAGCCCUGUUAAAGAGAAUAGAAACUACAGCCGCCUUGCAAGCCAGUGCAGCGUCGCGCCCAGUUGUAGGCCCAAAAUACUACAGAGCAGGGACAUCUAAAGGUGAUGCUACGAGAAAUGCAUCAAUAGGCAUAGCAUCUGGCACUUUAGCUGGCUUAGAGGACUCUGCUGGAGCCCUACGGUCUCACUUAUCAGUGGUUAAGCACCAGCUGGACUCCGAUGCAACUGCCUCUUCAUCGGGAGCCGAGAGUAAUGAUGAAGCAGUCACAUACAACAAUCCACAUCAACAGCACAUGCCAAUUGAAAAACGCGCCCUGUGGUCAUAUCAGCGGGCUCGAGCAUCCAUCGCGUCCCGUUGGUGCUGGCUGCAGGUGCAGGUGCAGGAGCUGGAGUACAAGAUCCGACAACACGGGGAUCUGCAGCAACAGGUCCGAGAAGCUAAAGGUCCAGUAGAAUUUGAAGGUGAACCAGUAGGAUAUGAAGGCAAUCUGCCAGGCGAUGAGUGUUCGUGUGCACGAGUGAGACCUCUUCGAAGGGAUACGUUUAAAAAGAGGAAAUUACUUCAAAUGCACAACCUUCAUAUCGCUACUACUAAAGCAGCUAAGCCUUCGGAUAUCAGAUGCAGCUGCGUGCGGGGCGAGAGCUGCGCCGUGUGCACGGGCCGCGCGUCGCCCGCCGCGCCGCCGCCCGCCGCGCCGCCGCGCACGCGCCGCGCGCUCGCCGACCCCGCGCACCACCCCGUGCUCAGCGACGUCAAGGACCUAUCUCCAUCGAUACAUCUGUCGGCGCUGUCGUCGCGGUCGUGGUUCCGUUCGCGCUGCAGCAAGACGUGGCGAGCGCAAGCGCCUCGCACACACGCGCCUGCGAAUGCGCAAGCCACACACACAACAAGAUUGAAAAGAGGUCGUCCACCUUUAUCUCGAAAAAUAAAAGAAAGAGAUCGAGAUGAGGAUACAUCAACAUCUGGACACGAAAGUAGUUUAUCGCGUGGCCGAGGCAGUACGGAGGGCCGCGCGUGGCGCCGACAGUCCUACGACAUCGACAACAUCGUCAUCCCGCAGAGCGUGGCCGCCAGCACGCGCCCCGAGAUACUCACCUACAAGGAGAUCCUCACGCCCAAAUGGCGAGUCAUGGAAAUACCUGAAACACCGCUAAAUAAUGGUGUGAUGAAGUAUAAUAGAGUGUCAAUUGAAAGUGAUGAGGAAGAUAUAUCUGAAGCAGCGAUAAGAGCUCGACACUUUCGCGCCGAAACACGCGAGAGAAACAAAUUUAUGAAAAAGCAACGUUCGCGACGCAACCACACCGACACUGAGCAACAGGAACAAUCAGAACAACAACAAGAAGAACAAUUACAACAAUUACAACAAUUACCUCUCUCGCCACAACAAUCAAUGGUACCUGGGCCGCGUCGCAACCACACAGAUGAUCAACGAUCACAACAUUCGCCUGGACCGCAACAGUCGCGACACAAUCACAUGAACGAUGUACAACAACAAUUACAACAGGCUCCAAUACAGCAACAGAAUACACACAGACAAUCAUCGCCUAUGGAACACGAGCUAACAAUUGUAUUACAGACAGUGAGACCAUAUUCCCCUCGACAGUUUCCACUCCCGGACGACCAGUACAUCGAAAUGCUCUCCAUCAUGCCGGAUGGUUACCGAAUAACUCCUGAACCGGAGACGAGUGAAGCACCCGAACCGACUCCGAUGGACUGCGAUGAAACCAGCUCGCUGUCUCCGGUGUCUCCCUUGGUCUUCGAUGGUGAUGAUCCUGACGAUGCUGAGUGGAAUCCAAGUUGUGAUAAGUCAGAAAGACGUAGAAGUACUUUUAGGUAAUUGAGUGUAUGUUGUAAACAUUUUACAACAUCAUUGGUGUGUAAAUUACAUAAAAUCUUUCAUGUCAUAUAUCUAUUAAUGUUUUAUAAAAUGUCAGACUAACUAUAUUGUAUUGAAUCAACCUUUAUGAGUAUGUGUGUGUCAUAAAAUAUAAAAUUAUUCCUAUUAUAUAUCUAUCUAUUCAAGUUCAAUAAAACGUCACAGUAAAACAUACCGAGACAGAAAACAGAGCAGUACAUUGGUGUGUAAUUUAUGUAUGUGAGAUAUGAAAUACAGCCUUGCCUUAAUUUAAUGAUAUAAUUAACAAUAAAAUUCCAACAGUGAUAACAGAGAAAUUUUGAAAUGAAUUUUGCGAAUUAGUAUGAUAUACAACUUUGUAUGACAUUCAUAUAUUUAUCGAGGUUGUUAUGUGUUUCAGUAUGUCACUUACAAUGUACGUAAUUGAUACAGAAUGUGAUUACAAAAUUUGGGUCUUAAUGGCCAAGAGAAAAGUAAAAAAAGCUAUUAUAAUGACAUUUUGUUGAGUGUUAACAUGUCACAUUCAAGUGUUGUCCUCACAAAUAUUUCUAUUUUAGAUAAGUGCAGCUAUCUAAACAUACUCGUCAAUUUUAUAUUUGAA